GAGGCGGUUCCCCUGCACUGGGGUCUGUCUCUGCUGCAGCCUCGCUGGCAUCGUGCCGUGUUCCCUUGCCAGCCUCCUCUUCUGGCCCAUGCACCCAGAGGCCACUGCAGGACCCUUCUGCUGCUGGGCAAAGCUCUUGGCUCCUCAAGGCAACUGCGGGAUCUUUCUCCCUACCCUAUAUCUCACACUCACUCUCUGCACAGACAACCUCUGGAGCGACCAGAGCCUGGAGACAGACCCUGACCUCCCCCCGGGCUGGAGGAAAAUCUGUGACUCUCUGGGUACCUAUUACUGGCAUGUGCCAACAGGCACGACACAGUGGCAGCACCCUGCACGCAGCACCGGCCCAGGAGGGCACAUGGAGGCUGAUGGAGAUGACACUCUCCAUGGAAGGGAAUGCCAGGGCCCUGCAGCGAAGCACUCGGGGAAGGACCGGCCCAUUCCCAGCCCCAUGGCUUCACUGUCCCGGAGGCACUCCCUGUCCUGGCAUGGAGAUGACUUCCAGCACAGCGCAGAGCCCGGCUCCAAGUGCUUUGCUGUGCGCUCUCUGGGCUGGGUGGAGAUCCCCGAGGAGGACCUGGCACCUGGCAAGAGCAGCAUCGCCGUCAACAACUGCAUCCAGCAGCUCUCCAACAGCAAGGGCCAGGGCUCUGCAGACAACCAGGGCGAGGGCCAGGACCUAGUGAUGAUUCUGAAGAAGGACACCAUGAGCCUGGUGGACCCCCUGGACCGCAGCCUCAUCCACCGCCAGCCCAUCCUCAACAUCCGCGUCUGGGGCGUUGGCUGCGACAACGGCAGGGACAGAGACUUCGCCUUCGUGGCCAGUGACAAGGACACCUGCGUCCUCAAGUGUCACGUCUUCCACUGCAAUGUGCCUGCCAAGGGCAUCGCCAAGGCUCUGCAUGAGAUGUGCUCCAAGGUGGGACGCAGGAACCCCGGAGGGUGUGAGCAUGGCCGGGGACCUCGGGGGUGAGGGGAGGCUCCGGGAUCCCCAUCUCUUGC